AUACCAUCAAAUAAUUUUUUUUAAAGAAACUUUAAGACAAGACAAAUUCUAGUUUAUAACGUAUUGAAGUACUACAAAAAUGUUCUCGACAAAGAAAAGCUUAGAAAAGUUUAUGCAGGCGUACAAAAAUGAAGUACGCCGGCACAUCAGCAAGACAACUAGCGUCACCAAUUCUGAUGCCAUGGCCCCGAGGCUGGACCAGUCGGCGAGCAAGUCACCACAGGCUGAGGAAACCGGACCGAAGAGACUGCUGAAGCUGCAAAAAUAUCACAGAUUCCUGUCGACCCUGACUCCUCAGGAAAUGCCGAUGGCUACCCGAGGACUGGCCGUUUCCAAGGACCAGUCCCGGGAGUUCAUGGCUGUCUUUCCGGACAUCGUCAGGGAUCUCACUGAGACUGGCAAGCACAUUGAUGUUCCGGAAGCCAGCAAAUGGUUGGCUAAGCUGUUGCAAUAUAAUGUACCAAACGGUAAGAAGAAUAGGGGACUGGCCACGAUCCUAGCUUACAAAAUGCUUGAGAAGAAAGAAAAUUUAACGCCAGAGAACAUUCUGCUUGCAAACGUUAUGGGAUGGUGCGUCGAAAUGUUCCACACCCACCAACUUCUACUCAACGACAUCAUGGAAGGUACCACGAUGCGUCGCGGCGUUCCGUGCUGGCACCGACGGCCCGACGUCGGUCUAAACGGCAUCAACGACGCUGCCCUGAUCCAAUCCGCAAUGUAUACCAGUCUGAAACGGCACUUCAACUCCAAGCCAUAUUACAAUUACGUACUUGAAACCUUCAAUGAGAUGCUGAUGAAAUGUUCAAUGGGUCACUACGUUCAAAAAUUAAUGCUGAAAACCGAUAAGCCAGACUUAUCUCUGUUCACAAUGGAGAAAUACGAAGCGAUCACUAAAUACAAGACUUCUUAUUACACAUUCCAAAUGCCCGUCUCGUUGGCAUUGCUAAUGACCGGCGUCGACGAUCCAGAGACCCACAGACAAGCUAAAACUAUUCUGCUGAAGAUGGGAGAGUUCUUCCAAAUUCAAGAUGAUUUUCUGGACUGCUUCGGGGACCCCACGGUGACUGAAAAGUACGGUACCGACAUUCAAGAUGGAAAAUGCACUUGGCUGGCAGUCGUUGCACUGCAGAGGGCAACUCCUGCCCAAAAACAAAUCAUGGAAGACAAUUACGGAGUCAAUAAACCUGAAGCUAUCGCCAGGAUUAAAGAUCUCUAUGAAGAACUUCAGCUACCCCAUACGUACUCGGUCUUCGAAGAAACUACCUACGAUCUCCUUAGAACGCAGAUCCAACAAGUCACAAGGGGACUACCUCACGAAUUGUUCUUCAAAAUCUUAGACAACAUCUUCAGGCGAAGCGUGUAAAUGCUGUGACUAUAUAACACAUAUGUAUAUUAGAAAUUAAAACUAGUCUAUAUCUAGAUGUACCAAUUAUUGAUUAAGGAUAAGUUUAACAAAAAUGUAGAUGACGAUCUCAAACUCUUUGCAGAUUAUUGUAUGUUUUGGCACCGGCGCUAGAUUUGAUGAAAGCGCAAGAAAAAAAAUUGUAAUCAAAAUCAAGAAACGAGUGAUUGAUCGAAAUUGUUCUCGAAAUAUUAGCUUAGCCAUUAAAUGAUCGUUAGUAGUGUUAGAAAUGUAAUGUAUAAAUCAAUGCACCUGAUUGUAGCGAUUGAUUGUAGUUAAAACUGUUAUUUGCUAAAACAAUAGUUUAACUGUUCGUUGUAUUAUAGUUUUCGUUAUUUAAAAU